AUGGAACUUUACAUUCAAGAUUUACCACCAUUCUCUAACGUUUCAGAUACUAGAUUAGAAUUGAUAGAUGUGAUCAGUAGCGUACUCCAUGGUAAAACUUUUAGGGAACUGAACGUUCAAGCUCAUGAAGCACUUCAUAACUUUGAUGUCCUUGUAAGAGAAAACUUUUCUCGACCAUUUCAACCGAACUCUCAAUAUCGUCAUUCAAGAGUUAGGUCUCGGUUUUCGGCUACCAUCACUUUUCCUACGACUUUAUUGGCUAAACGUUUUGACGCUUACGUCUCUGUAAAUCCUUUAAUCAUCUUUGGUACUUUCCCGGUCAACUUCAAACAAUCUACUCGUCAAGGUCGUGUUACAAUGCCUCAUCCUGAUCUCGUGAGAGCCCUCAAACAAACCCCAUUCAAGGAUCGUAUCUCACUCUUGACCGAACAGCUUGAACAGGAGAAACUUCUGCGUCCAUUCUCAAUCAGUUGUCUUGAAUUUGGUCGUACCCUCAACACUGAAAGUGCCCAACCGACUUUUGCUUCUGAAUUCUCUCUUUUGUUGGCCACUGGUGAUUCUCUACUCACAUUUGAUACGGUCAAUAACUUGCUCUGGAUCCGAUGGUCUUUAGUUUCUUCUGCCCGUUCCCUGGUAAUCAGGAUGAAGUCUGUACAGCGCAUCGAAGCAGAUCGACUGUCGGUCACUCUCUGGUUGGACACUCCUCCUACUUUUGAAGACAUCCAAAUCACUCGCCAUGAGUCUCAGUCAUAUCAUGAUCAACGAGCGGAAGAAGGAGCACAGGUCACUGAAACUCGAUAUCGCAUUCCUUGUCCACAUACCACUGAACAACACGUAUUCCCUUUCGUCUCUGAUCGUCUACGGAUCACUUUUGGAACUUAUGAAGCUUACAAAGAGUUUUGCACUCGUAAGACUACUGUUCGACUGCCCAAGAUCAUCCAUUUUACCCGCCCCACCAUUGAACAGCAGCUCUAUACGCCCCAGAACCUAGCCGCUCUUGAAGCCUUUCUUGUGUGCUUUACAAUCCCUGUUGGCUUUCAAAUCGAAGCUCUCUUAUCCCAUGGGCUCCUCGAUCCCGCUCAAAUUCGAAAUGUUUGUGAAGCUCUUGUCAGCGUGGAUCCAGAUCACGCCGAGCGCGCUCUGAUACACUAUAACGCCAUUCUAGCUCAAUUCCAAACUCGAGACCUUCAAAAUUCUGAUGAUGAUGAGGAUGAUGACGAAGGUGUCACUCUUACUUACCUCGACCGACUGACUCGAUCGCUAGAAUUCACUUUGAUCGACAGCCGAACUCCAGAUCCCCGCCUCUUGUCUGGUGACUCGUUCCCCUGUCGUACAGUCACCAUCACCCCUAGCCGAUUUAUACUAGAAGGACCAGUGACUGAGCAGUCCAACAGCGUGCUUCGAAUGUAUCGCGACACGCACAAUUUUCUCAGAAUCUCCAUUCGAGAGGAAAACGGUUUGACACUCCGACCCGAUCGAGAUGUGGACAUCUUGAGGCUACUGAAGACACGAUAUCUCGACUUCUUGACCCAAGGCUUAAACUUAUGCGGACGAAAAUUCGAGUUUUUAGGCUACUCUUCUUCUGCGUUACGGGAGCAUCAAGCUUGGUUUGUGUGCCCGUUUUAUAAGGGAGACUCUCUCGUCACAGCUGCCUCGAUUCGUCAACGACUGGGUGAUUUCAGUAAAGUGAUCAACAUCCCUGCGCGAUAUAUGGCCCGAGUUGCACAAGCAUUUACAUCCACUCGACAAUCCCUCACUUUAUUGCCUAGCCAAAUCGUCAGGAUUGAGGAUGUCGAACGUAAUGGCUCGUGCUUCACAGAUGGCGUGGGGACAAUCUCACCCGACUUGGCGCGUCAAGUAGACGAGGUGUUGUCUGCAGGACUGCCAUCUCGUAAGCGGCGACACCAUGCCAAUUCUAGUUGUUUUCAGAUUCGGUUAGGUGGUUUCAAGGGAAUGUUGUCUGUCGAUCCGACCCUGAAACAGGCGUGUGUUUGCGUACGGCCUUCGAUGGACAAGUUCGUCUCACCAGACUCUCUGACCCUCGACAUCGCGGGCUCGUUUACUAGGCCACUCCCGGCGUAUCUGAAUAGACCUAUGAUCAAAGUAUUGGAAGAUCUUGGUAUACAUGAACAAGUUUUUCUCGCGCUACAACGGGAGAUUGUUAGCAAAGUUGAACAUUCGCGUACAAAUUUGCGUCGAGCCAGUGAACUCAUGGAUCAACUUUCAAUGGCUCGCACCAGUGGAAUGCCCUCGAUCUUGCGACAACUGGGAACGUUGAUGGGAGAUGAAAGCAACACACAGUCUGAUUUCAUCGAGGAAUGUUAUGACUUGAUGAUUAUGCAAUGUUUCCGGGAUCUCAAGUACCGAGCAAGAAUUCCUUUGGACGCCUCUUAUACGCUCGUCGGCGUUGCCGAUGAAGAUCAAGUUCUGCCACCCAAUUUUGUCUAUGCCUGCAUUCAGUACCCGGGGAAGGCGCCAUUCUACUUGGAAGGCCCGAUCACUAUCUCCCGCUCGCCUUGCCUGCAUCCAGGUGAUGUCAGAGUCGUCACUGGAAUUGGAAAACUGGAUCUGGAACGUGCUCCUCGAUUGAAUGCCUUGAGAAACUGUGUGGUAUUCUCUGUCGCGGGUAUGAGAUCGCUACCGUCAUGUCUUGGUGGUGGUGACUUAGAUGGCGAUCUCUACACCUUGAUCACAUUGCCUGAAUUGAUUCCGGCUACUGCCAGGUUGCAUCCGCCGGCAAGUUACACAGCCCCUGAGAUGAAGCGACUUGACCGACCAUGCACAAUCGAAGACGGCGCUGCGUUCUUUCUGGAUUAUAUCUCGAGCGAUUUGGUAGGGGUGAUCGCUUCAAGACACCUUCAUAUCGCUGAUCAAGCGGACCAAGGUACUCGUGAUGAUCUAUGUCUUGAACUAGUAUCAUUGCAUUCAGAUGCGGUAGAUUAUCCAAAGACAGGAGUUCCGGUUGCAAUCGAUCAACUGCCACGAGCUCCUAAUCGAAUGAAACCAGACUUUAUGUGUCCCGAGCACCAUGAACGUCGUGAGGGUGAUGACUAUUACGAGUCUCAAAAAGUUUUGGGAAAACUUUUUCGACAAAUCCCGGCUGAAAAAAUCGACAUCUUUCACCAUCAUACUCAUCCUGGUGGUCCACCGGUCACUACACCAGCCACGUCAGGCCGUACAAGACGGAACAAAGGGCAGCUUUUUGGGAAACUUGACCCGACCGACGUAAUCUCCAAAGCUGUAAGACGAGCAAUGCGGCGCACCCUGGCUCGAAAGGCCGAACCCGAUUCGACGCUAAUGGGACAGUUUCAAGAGGUCAUGAAGAGUUAUGCUGAAGAGUUGAUGCAAAUUUGCAAAUUGAACACGCUCUCCAGGAAGGUAGAUCGACAUCUUGCAGAGACAGAAGCCUUCCUGGUCGUCCUCACUGAUACAACAUCGGACAGACCCUUGAAGAAGAAUACCCUCGAGCGGCUUGAAACUCAGACCGCUGCCUUGUUUGAACGAAUAAGACUUGCAAUCCUUGAAGAGGGAGAAGGAGCAUUGUAUGAUAGUGAGAUAGUCUUGCUCGAUGCUGAUGAGGACGAUCCGCAACGGAUCGAGCGGGAUCGCCAGAUCAACCGAGCUUAUACCGCUUGGUUUGUUAGCACUCAGGCACCUGCUCAAACUUUUGGUGCCCAUAGUUUUGGGUUUUUGGCAUUAGACUUGCUAUUGGCAAGAUUAUGA